AUGGAUAUUUUGAUUACUGAUAAUGGCAGCGAAGUGACAGAGUUCAUCUUAGUGGGUUUAUCAAAUCAUCCAAAAUCCCAGAUUGCCUUUUAUUGCACCAUAGUAGUAGUCUACCUGAUCACAUUGAUGGGUAACUGUCUAAUUAUCAUUUUGGUUAGAGUUGAUAGGCAGCUUCACACCCCUAUGUAUUUUUUCUUAAGCAACUUGUCCUUUCUCGAUAUCUGCUACUCCAGCAAUUCAGUACCUUUUGUUUUGUCCAUUGGCUUAAGAGACUACCCCACGAUUUCUUAUAAUAGCUGUUAUGCCCAGAUGACUAUUGCUCUUUUUCUGGGGAUGACAGAGUGUCUUCUCCUUGCUGUCAUGGCUUAUGACAGGUUUGUUGCGAUCUCCAAUCCCCUACGUUAUGUUAUCAUCAUGAACAGUCGGGUCUGCAUGCAGUUGGCCUUGGGAACCUGGACCUGUGCCUUCUUAGUAGCAGUCACACCAAUUAUUGCAAUUCCUGCUCGAUAUUGUGGACACAACGUUAUAAACCAUUUCACCUGUGAGGUCCAGGCCCUGUUGAAGCUUGUCUGCUCUGACACCCCUGUGAGUCUGAUUCUGGGUUUGGUUAUCGCCAUGUUCACACUGCCCCUGCCCUUCACCUUCAUCCUCAUUUCCUACUUGCGCAUUGUGGUUGCCGUGCUGAAGAUCCAUUCUGCAGAAGCCAGGCUCAAAGCUUUCUCCACCUGUGGCUCUCACCUAACUGGGGUGACCAUAUUUUAUGGGACAGCCAUCUACAUGUACUUGAAGCCUCAGUCAAAGGAAUCUGAAGAACAGAAUAAAAUCAUCUCUGUAUUUUAUGGCGUUUUGACCCCUAUGCUGAACCCCCUUAUUUACACCUUGAGAAACAAGGAUAGCUUAUUACUUGAAGCUGGUAAUGGGCAGCUCUGCCUCUUUGCACACCAUCUCCUCAUAAGGUGUGCCAAAAUCACAAGGCAACAUCUUAGAAGGUUGAACUGA